AUGAGAUGGGGCAUUUGGAGGCAGCAUGCAGCGCCAUCUGCGCGGUGCGAGGAAGAUGAUGGAGGGGAGAGAGGGAGCAAGGGCAAGGGCAAGGCGUUCUCAUUCUCUCCUCUCUCGUGGUUCGCUAAGCUCGCGGCCAAGGACAAGCCCGUUGCGGCCACAAAGCGCGCGCCCGCGCCCAAGAACACCGCAGCCGCGGCUCCCGCGUUCCCGUCGUCCUUCCUCCCCAAGCGCACCAGCCCGACCCCUGCGGCGGCCACGGUCACGCCAGGCUCGUCCAGCCCGCCGCGUCGAUCCACGGCCGACGCCGCCGUGCCGCGGCGGCUGUCGGUCGGCAACGACACGGCCGACUCCGUCGCUGCGCGCCGGAAGUCGUGCCGGCACGGCCGCCGCCACUGCUCCGUCGGCGGGGACCGUGAGCUCCCGCCGCUGGGCCGCCUGAUCCCCUUCUCCCUCCUCGCCGGCUCCCCCGCGCGAGCCGCCGCGGCACCGUCGGACACGGACGCCGCCGGGGCGGGGGCGAGGCGGCACCGGCGGCGCCGGAGCAGCCGGCGCCUCAGCGUGAGCGGCGGUCGGAGGCCGUCCUUCUCCGGGAGAAUGCCACCCCUGCGGGUGCGCGUACGGUCGCCCCGGCGCGCCGCCGCCGCCGUGGCGCCGGCGGAGCUGGAGGGUCUCGCGGUGGUGCGGCGGACGCGGGACCCGCAGCGCGCGUUCCGCGAGUCGAUGGUGGAGAUGAUCGCGAGCGCGGGCGCGGGCGGCGGCGGGCCCGCCGCCGCAACUCCAAGGCCGGAGGAGCUGGAGCGGCUGCUGGCGUGCUACCUGUCCCUGAACGCGGACGAGCACCACGACUGCAUCGUCAAGGUGUUCCGCCAGGUCUGGUUCGAGUACGUCAGCCUGCUGCCCCGCUUGGAGGCCGGCAGGAGACGACGCCCUCCGACGGCACGGCGCCGCUGA